GUGUUGGCAGGAGCUCGCCCCUCCUGACGGUGUAAUCUGAAGCCGCUGUUGUAUCGGCAGCUCUCCGUUUGACGCGCGUUUAUCAUGUUCUGACGCAUUACAGCAGCGCGCGAUUUUCUCCUCGUCUUCAAAUGCCACCGUACGAAUGGACAGCGAGCGGCGGGACGCGCGUGGAUUUCCUGGAAGUACCGCAUUAUUAUUCGUGAUUGCGAAAGCUUCCUGGUUCCCGUAGUAGCGACAAACAGCUGUUUGACGCCGUCUGCCAAACGCGACUGUCAGGACGCAACUCUCAGAACGCGACUCUCAGGACGCGACGCGAGGGGGUUUAUAUUUCGCCUUUUUUGGACGCAUUCGGAAGUCUUUUCCGCCGGAGCCGAUGUGUGUCGGUGGGUGACCGCGCGUGGAUCUCGUCAUGUGGCCGCGGGGAUGGACCCGGGCGCGGUGUCAGGACAGCGGGGUGGACCAAGACCGCGAGCAGCUCUGGGCCGAACUCUUCCAGCAGCUGGACCUCAAUAAAGACGGCCGGGUGGAUGUCAACGAGCUGCGGAUCGGACUCGCAGCCCGCGGGCUAUCCUGGAGCUCGGUGGAGGAGCAGAUUGUACGAGCGGGAGACAUCAACCAUGACGGUCAGCUGGACUUCGAAGAGUUUACGGAGUAUCUGCGUUCACAUGAGAAACGCCUUAGACUCAUGUUUCGCAGUCUGGACCGCAACAAUGAUGGUGAAGUGGAUGUCGGGGAGAUCCAGCAGUCCUUACACAAUCUCGGCGUGGACAUCACGCUAGAGCAGGCUGCUAAAAUACUGCAAAGUAUGGAUAAAGAUCAUUCCAUGACUAUUGACUGGAUCGAGUGGCGAGAUCACUUCCUGUUCAACCCUCUACACAACAUGGAGGAAAUCGCGCAGUUCUGGAAACACUCAGUGAUGCUGGACAUCGGGGAGCACCUGACGGUUCCAGAUGAGUUCUCGGAGAAGGAGAAGCGCUCCGGGUUCGUGUGGCGGCAGCUGAUGGCUGGAGCAGUGGCAGGAUCAGUGUCCCGGACAGGAACCGCACCGCUCGACAGACUCAAGGUCUUCCUGCAGGUUCACGGUCAGAGCUCAGAUAAGGGGAACGUGUGGCGCGGUCUGCGGGCGAUGGUGAAGGAGGGAGGACUCACUGCGCUCUGGAGAGGAAACGGCAUUAAUGUGCUGAAGAUCGCUCCGGAGACUGCCAUCAAAUUCCUGGCCUAUGAACAGAUUAAACGCUUGAUGAGAGGCAGUAAUGAAGGAGGAACGCUGAAAGUUCACGAGAGAUUUGUGGCUGGUUCAUUGGCUGGAGCUACAGCUCAGACUAUCAUUUACCCUAUGGAGGUGCUGAAGACUCGUUUAACUCUUCGUAAAACGGGCCAGUAUUCGGGCGUAGCAGACUGUGCCAAACAGAUCCUGCAGAAGGAGGGCGUUCGGGCCUUUUAUAAAGGCUACCUGCCAAACAUGCUGGGCAUCAUCCCAUACGCGGGCAUAGAUCUCGCCGUCUACGAGACGUUGAAGAAUACGUGGCUGCAGAGGCACACGGACGGCUCGGCGGACCCCGGGGUUCUGGUGCUUGUGGGCUGCGGGACGGUUUCCAGCACCUGCGGGCAGCUGGCGUCGUACCCGCUCGCGCUCAUACGCACACGCAUGCAGGCUCAGGCGUCCAUUAAGGGGGCUCCUCAGUUGUCCAUGCUGACCCUGUUUAGGAGUAUCGUGGCCCAGGAGGGAGUUGUGGGACUCUACCGAGGCAUCGCUCCCAACUUCCUGAAGGUCAUUCCUGCCGUCAGCAUCUCCUAUGUGGUCUACGAGCACAUGAGGAAAGUACUGGGAGUGGGAACCUGAGAGAGAAAGAUGGCAUAAGUGUGUUUUAUAGGGGGAAAAAACAGACACUAUAGUUAUAUCCUUUUUGUGUUGAAAGAAGGAACGAAAGGUCAAAGACUUGCUUAUUUAAGCCUAAAAUAUCUAAAAAAUCACCUGCACUGGAGUUGUGAUGAUCAACUAUCUGUGAGGAACUGAUUGAAAAACACUGAAAUAUGCAGAAUCUACGAGGUGCUGAUCCAGGCCUGUUCAUCAUGUGUUUUUUUAUGUGUGUUGUUGAUCAACAGGGCCCUGAUAUUCAGGUAUACAGGGUACGUUCCUGUGGAUGCGGUAAAAUGAGUGCUCGUGUGUGGGACGAUUGUGUGAGCAUGUGUGUAGUAUAGCGUAUGUAUGUGUGUUUAACCCAGUGCACACACUACUGACACUAGGGCUGGGCGAUUUAUUGAAAUAAAAUUGCAAAGCUGCGAUUGUCAUGCACAUCUUGUCAGGGAAGCACAGUUGUGUGUUCGGUAGUAAAUCUCCUCCAAAGGCUAGAGGGCGCUCUUGUGUAGAAACUCCAAAUAUGCCGAAGAAGAAACCCAGUAAAUCCCCAUAACAAACAGAAGAUUAAUCUGCUUUUAUUGGUUCAGUGUCACUAAUAAACACAGGACUGCUAAAUCUUCUCAUAGAAGGAUUUAUUUCAAACACUCGAUUGAAGUUAAGUAAAAACAAGGUAUUUUCUCAUGCAGUAUUUACUACACAGUUGUGGUUCACUGUGAAGCCAUAUAAACAGCUGUUAUUAUUAUCAUCACAGAACGAUUAUCUCAAUUUCAUUAUCAUUUUGGGAAGCUUGCCAGUGAACUACAGCUCUGUUAAGUAAAUGCUGCUCCAUCUGAAAGCAAGUACUGGAGAUUUACUAGAACCAGCUUUAUUGUCAAAAUGUGCAUGAAAAUCGCCUUUUGAUUAAUCGUCCAGUCUUACUGAACACCAAAUGGGAAUGGAUGAUAAACUAACUUCUUCCUUUUGAACUGACAGAAGGAUUGAAAGUGCCUCUGUUUUGAGAAACACAUAUGGUUUAUUAGUGAUAUGCCUGUUCUACUGUUUAAAUACUGUGUUGAAUCCCUGUGUGCUCCAAAAUCCCAGUGAAAGGAAACGAGAGUUCUGGAAUUCUCAGCUAGAGCUGUGACAAGAAACUCUUCGAGAAAUUGAUUGUGCAUUGAUUCUGAGACUUUCAAAAUGCAUUAUUCUCUGUUGAAACGAUCCUGAGCUUGGUUUUGAACAACUAAUAGCGCUCUAGGCUAGUUUUAAACAGACGUUGGCGUUCUAAGCUGAUUUUGAACAGUAGAUGGCGCUCUAGGCUAGUUUUAAACAACAGAUGGCACUCUAAGCUAGUUUUUAAAAGUAGAUGGUGCUCUAGACUCAUUUUGAACAAUAGAUGGUGCUCUAGACUAGUUUUUUUAUACAAUAGAAGACACCCUGGCUAGUUUAUAACAGCACAUAGUUCUGUAUUAUUUACAAAACUCCAUACUUUUGUUGCCUCGGAUUCCUUACAAAUACCAUUAAAACUAAAAAUAAUCAUUAAUAAAGUUAGGAAAAGUUUAAGCGAAUUUCAAGAGUGUUCAUAGUGAGCUGUGUUUACAAUAAUCUUAUGACAUAAAAGCCAACUUACAACUGAACACACAAGAACUCUUCCUUUGAGUGUUCACAACUAUCCUAGAGUGCCAUCAGCUGUUAAAAACUAGCCUAGAGCACCGUCUGCAGUUAAAAACUAGCCUUGAGCCCUGUCUGCUGUUAAAAACUAGCCUAGAGCACCGUCUGCAGUUAAAACUAGCCUAGAGCCCUGUCUGCUGUUAAAAACUAGCCUAGAGUGGCAUAUUCUGUUAAAAACUAGCCUAGAGCGCCGUCUGCUGUUAAAAACUAGCCUAGAGCACCAUCUGCUUUUACAAACUAGCCUAGAGCGCUGUCUGCUGUUAAAAACUAGCCUAGAGCGCCAUCUGCUGUUCAAAACUAGCCAAGAGCGCUGUCUCCUAUUCAAACCUAGCCUAGAGCAGCAUUUGCUCUUCUAAACUAGCCUACAGUUCUAUUUGCUGUUCAAACUAGCCUAGAGCACCAUGUUGUUUAAAACUAGCCUAGAGCGCUGUCUGCUGUUAAAAACUAGCCUAGAGUGCCAUAUUCUGUUAAAAACUAGCGUAGAGCACCGUCUGCUGUUAAAAACUAGCCUAGAGCACCAUCUGCUGUUCAAAACUAGCCAAGAGCGCUGUCUCCUAUUCAAAACUAGCCUAGAGCACCAUUUGCUCUUCUAAACUAGCCCACAGUUCUAUUUGCUGUUCAAACUAGCCUAGAGCACCAUGUUGUGUAAAACUAGCCUAGAGCGCUGUCUGCUGUUCAAAACUAGCCUAGAGCACUGUGUUGUUCAAAACUAUCCUAGAGCACCGUCUACUGUUCAAAACUACCCUAGAGCUUCAUUUGCGGUUCAAAAAUAGCCUAGUGUGCCGUCAGGUGUUCAAAACUAGCCUAAAGCUCCAUUUGCUGUUCAAAACUAGCCUAGAGCGCCGUCUGCUGCUCAAAACUAGCCUACAGUGCAAUCGAUUGUUGAAAACUAGCCUAGAGCACCAUCUGCUGUUAAAAACUAAUAUCAGAGUCAAUUCAAGAGAGAACAGCGAUCCAUUUAGAGAAGUUCAGAAUGGACCUAGAAUCGAUUUCUUGAAUGUUUUUUUUCACCACAGCACUAUUCUCAACUUAAGAUUCCAGAAUUUAAGCUCUAAAAUCCUGCACUGCGUCCCAAUUUGCACUCUCCUCCCUAAAUAGUGUCAAAACACAAGGACUGACUCAUGAAACGUGUAAACUGUUAUCUUGUGAAAAUGAUUUUACACAAAUUCAUUCUGCUUAUGUUUCAUGAUUAAGACCUUACCAGAUGAUAUUCUUAUUUAAUGGAUUUUUUUUAAGUAUGCAUCCAUCCAUGCAUGCAUUUUCUGGCUAAUAUUUCCCCCAUCCAAUCUUGUGUGUGAUGACAUUUUGUGAUUUUUUUUUUUCAGAUGAAGAAAUGUAUUGAUGAAUGCAACGCCAAAGUUGCCACAGUAGUUCUUAAAUGUAUGUGAUUUUAAAAAAUGUUAUUUAUAAGUUUAGCAGGAUGCUAAUGGCCCAAAUAUACUUAAAGCUAAGUCCAAUAACAAAUAUCGUCAUUUUAGACAAGAUUAGGCUAAAACAAAGUUGGUUUGUAACUCAAUUCUGGUCUUCACAUAGUAAACACUUUCAAUCCACCAUUAGUCAAUUCUGAGUACAUAAUAGGUAGGUUUGGCUGUGUAGCUCUGCCCACUUUGACUUGAAAACCUUCUCCAGUUAAAGAAAUAGUUCACCCAAAAAUGAAAAUUUCCUUACUAUACUUUUCAUCAAGUGGUUCUUUCUUCUGCUGAACACAAAACAAAAUAUUCUGAGGAUUCAUCCAUCCACAAACAUCCAUAUCACUAUUAUGAUUUCUUAACUGGUGUUUUCUUGCUGCUGUAAUUUUAGUUGAAAGUUUAUGUUAUAUAUAAGUUUUAGUUUAUAUAUAAGAAAAUCUGCUGCAUGGAUUUGUUAAAUCAUCUAAGUUUUACCAAUGCUCAGGUUUCUCAAACUACUUUUUACCCCUAAAUGAAAAAGAAGUUUGCCAUAUUGGGGCCUUUAGAAAGCAAAAAGUACAUAUGUAAUAUCGAUACACAAUUAAUGACCCAGUUAUAUUGUACAGUCUUACUACAUACUUAGCACAUACACAUCAUGUACGUAUUUGAAUUGGGACACAGCCUUGGAGUUGAUAUAUCUGUUACCUUCAGUGCAUGAGAUGCUUCAUUUGGAGCAGAAAGCCUUAUGAGAGAGAGAGAGUGUGUUUUUUGUGAUUUUUUUUUUUUCUCAUUGAAAGAAACAGAACAAAGAAAAAACUUCCUAGUCAAGAGUAGUUGAUCACUGCUUAGAUUUACUCUGAGAUAGACUCUUAGAACGUGUUAUUAUACAAUGAAGAUUUCUACAGGGAAUCUGCACACAUCUGGUGUUUUUAAAUCAAAGCCUCAAAAGUACAUUUCUAUUUCUUUUAGUUUGUCCAGUAGCACAUCCAUAUACUGCUGUACUUCUAAAAGUUUAUUACGCUUUAGAAUUUCCCAGCCUUUUUCUUCUGGGAAAAUGGACCAAAAUAUUGAUGACAUCAACCUGCACUCAUGGGUGUGUCCAAUUUUGUAUCCAAUCAAGUGUUGUCUUGAAUGAGAACAUCCGUCCCCUUAAUUAAGCUGUAAAAAUGUACUAGUACUUUACUACGUUAUUUUCAGUUUAUAAUAAAGGUCAAUUAUUUCAUCAUGUUUACACAUAUUCCACAAAAUCUGUGUGAAAACUGUGAAAAAAAACAUUUGCAGAUUUCAUCUGGGCCUCCUAAUUAAAAACGGCUUUCUCUACAGACAUCUUGCAUUAGCAUAAACAAAAACAUGUUUGUUCAUUGUCUAUUCUUUUUGCUGUUCUACUGUGUAUUUACCUUUGAAUGGAAACUAAAGUAUAUAAGUGAAUGCAUGCAAGAGAAUGUGUAAAUGAAAUUAAACUAAUUUUAAAUAAACCGAGCAAGCAUA